AUGGCCGGAAUAUUUAAAAAGGUUUACGACUGGCUUCUGCGCACAUUUUGGGCGAUGGAGAUGGAGGUUACGCUCGUUGGUUUGCAGAAUGCCGGCAAAACGUCGUUGUUGAGAGUUCUCGCCGGCCAUGUGACUCUGAAAUGUUGGGAUAUUGGCGGUCAGCCAAGGUUUCGAACUAUGUGGGAGAGAUAUUGUCGCGGCGUCAAUGCUAUCGUCUUUAUCGUAGACAUCGCAGACGUAGAUCUCAUUCCGCAGGCUAAGGAUGAGCUGCAUUCCCUCAUGAGCUAUCCAACAUUAGCUGGAAUUCCCCUUCUGGUGCUUGGCAACAAGUCUGAUUUGCCUCAGAAACUUUCCGUCGAUGAACUGAUUGACGAAUUGGAUCUGAAGCUGAUUCAAGGAAGAGAAGUCUGUUGCUAUGGUAUCAGUGCCAAAGAAGAAACUAACCUCGAUGCUGUGGUUCAGUUUCUUGUGAAAUGGGCCAGCCGAUGA